CAAGCAGCACCCUUUUCGGCUCGCACUUGGUGAUUAGCUGUCUCGUCCUCGACGUGACAAUCCUUACCCGUGAGCGCCGUCCUCGCCUCAAUGGACGAAGAGCUCUUCGAGUACAACUGCACCGCCGAGCUCGACAACUGGGAGGUUGGCUGGUCCACGCCGAAGAAGGCCUGGUGCUGCGAGCAGAGGCAGGUCGGCUGCCCCGUCGAGGCCAGCGAGGCACGGCUGGAGGAGAAGUACGAUCGGCUGGCGGCGGUGCCAGCGUGGUGGGAGCGCGGGCGCUCCCCGCCGCAAGGGCCCCUCGGCCGCCUGGGGCGGGUGCCGGUGUUCACGGCGCUCGCGGCCGGGCUGGCGGUGUUGGCCAGCCUGACUGCCGUGGUCCUGGCGCGGCAGGGCUUGUGCCGCCAAGGCGGCGGCCUGCCCGGCCUUCAGCGACGAAAUUAUGUAGAAUUGGAGGUUCCCAUCGCGCCCUGAAGGGGCUCCAUUGCAGAGAUAGCCGCCCAAAGUCAGACAAUAGUCGGAAGCAAGGCAGCCAUACACGCGCCACCAGCCUCUGUUGCGGCAGUCGCGGCAAGGAGCCCUACCCCGUCGCUUUUGCAGAUGCGGUUGUAUUUUUGGGGUAGGAUGUGCCCUUUCUUGCAUGGGCUAUUUUCGGCCUUCACCUACCUGGCGCUUUGACAGGCUUGGCUGGAUUGCAUGCAUUUGUGGCACUCCUCGUCUUCCUUGUGUCAAAGGCGAACACGUGCGUUAACUAUUUCACUUCGUGCGUGGAUUUUUGUCAUUGUGCCUGCUUCCUCUUGCGUCGGCCGCGUAUGCAGGGCCAUGGUAUUCUCUUGGCGCCCGCUGCAGUCAGCAUAAUUCAAGCAUUGAUCAGGCUCCAACCUUCCUGAAAAAAGACGAGAA